CUAAGCUGAGAUCAAAUAGAAACUAUUAGAAGCGCUGCUUACACGUAAUAAAUUCAUUGAUGAAUUUAUUUUAAAAUGCCGCUGUUCGGAGCAAAGAAAUCUACACGCGCCAGCAAUGCAUCGGUAGCUGUGAAAAGGUCGCGUGCUUCUGUUCGCUCUCCAGGUGCUAAUACUACUUCAGGCGACAUAUUGACGCCUAGUGGACAAAAGAUUGCAUCUAAUCAAAGCAAUUCUGAUUCUGAUCCCGAUGAGGAUAAACAUCCCGAAGUAUCCCCGGCUACGGAUGUGACCAUUUAUAAUGAAUACGAAAUGGGGCCUGCAUUUGGCUGCAAGUUUCCAUUGCCAUUUAUACGAUUUAUGGUCGAACGCCUAAUAAAUCAAAAGUUUAAAGGAAAGACUUAUCAACCGGGAGACGCCGUCAAGUGGGUGCGUGAAGUCGCUGAUGAAGUCAAUUUGAAAAUGGAAGGGAUGUGUCGUCAACCACGUUACAAGCACGUCAUACAAGCGAUUAUUUAUCAGCAGAAUGGAGCUGGAUUCUUUUGUGGCGCUCGUGCAAUUUGGGAUAAACUUGCUGACGAUUAUACAUCACUUACCUUCGAUGGCGGCACUUUUAUGUGCAUUGUUGUUAUUUUCGGUAUAUAUCAGUAUUAAGUUGAGCUAAGCAUUAACUAAAUAAGCGAAUAAAUGAACGAGCAAAUA